AAUUUCAGGAUGAAUAAUUGUACACAUUCCUCUGACACUGAAUGUGCCAUUGAAAACCAUCAGGCUCUCGAACCAGAAGGGAUAACUUCACUUCUCCCAUCACUGAACUGUUCCCACACACUAUAGACUCACUUUUGAAGGAUUCUUCACCUCAAGUUCUCAAUAUUUACUGCUUAUUUAUUAUUCACACUGGUUGUCUGCCCUGUUGCAGUCUUUAAUUGAUUCUAUUACCAUUAUUGGAUCUAAUGAGAACGACAGCAAGGAAAUGAAUCUCAGGGCUGUUUAUGGUGACAUAUAUGAACUUUGAUAAUAAAUUUACUUUGAACAAAGGUUUGCCUCGGAUGGAACCUGAGCAGCCUCCUUUCUUACGGACUCCAGCACCGCAGUCCUUAAUUGCCUGCACCCAUCUCCCCAGCAGUCGGGUAAUUUGUAUUAAUCCAUCCAACGUUGCAUACGCCAAGCACGCAACAGAGGAGACGCGGGGGUUUAUCUACCAUCCUCCUAUAACCGCUCAGCCUUCUUGCUGCAUCGCCCGUCAGCUUCUGCGGAAGUGUGCAUUGAUAUCGUUGGUGGCUUUCGUUAACCGCGGAUUUCCGAAUUCCGGCCCUGGUGGCGUGACUGAAUUUCAGCCGGAGAGAAGCACGUGGUGUUCACGGCCGGGCUGCCCGUUCAACGCUGCCGCAGAUCUCCGUGUUUUGCGGAUGAGCUGCCUUUGAACUGAGAAAAAUACAGUAAAUUUAAAUCGGGAAGGAGGUACAGGAGCCUUGGGUCCAACAGUGGCAGGUCGAGGAAUCAGUCAGUACCCUUCAACCAUCAAGCUGAUGAGCCAAAGUGGAUAACUUCAUUCGCCACAACACUGAGCUGAUCACUGAACACAACCAAUGGACUCACGUUCAAUGACUCUACAACUCAUGUUCUCAGUGUUGUUAUUGGAUUUUCGUCUUUUCUCAGCUCAAGCUGGUAAAACCUGAGGAAGAGAGGAACUAGAGGUUGGAAUAUAAGAUCAUACUCAAGAAAUCGAGCGAUGAAUUUGGAAGGAACUUCUUUACCCAAAGACUGGUGAGGAUGUGGAAACUGCUCCCAGAGGGAGAUUCCAUCGCUGACUUCUUGACCGUCCUGAAGCGAGGGGAGGUUAAUGCCCUUUUCACCGAAACCAUGGUCUGUGUUCGUCAGCAGUUUGGCGAUGGGUGUUCCUGGAUCAUGCCUGCCUGAACAUGGAGCUGUUCUGUGCCAUGCCCACAGUGCCAAGAACUCUCCACUUCUGUGGUGUUCGAGACGGCGAAAGUUGUAGGACAUUUGUAAAGUGGGACGAGGCAAGUUUGAUUCUGCACUUUGUCUCCUCCAGCACGAUCUAGACACCUGGUGGUUGUGAUGGAGAAGCCCCAGCCCAAUUUCUUUUUCCACAGGAAGAGGUCCCAGCUGUUGCUGCUGAACUCGCUGACGUGUGGCCUGGAGAUCUGUGUGGCAGCUGGAAUCACCUUUGUCCCCCCUCUGCUCCUCGAGGCUGGAGUCCAGGAGAAGUAUAUGACCAUGGUCUUGGGAAUUGGGCCAGUCCUCGGACUGAUAUUUGUCCCGAUGAUUGGGUCAGCCAGCGACCACUGGACGAGUAGGUAUGGCCGCCGACGCCCUUUCAUUUGGGGUCUCUGCCUCGGUGUCCUUCUCAGUCUCUUCAUCAUCCCGCACGCCGGCCGCCUGGCCACUGCUUUCAGCCUGAAAGACUAUCCGGUGGAUGUCAUCUUCCUCAUCGUUGGCAUCUGCAUGUUGGACUUUUGUGGCCAAGUCUGCUUCACCCCGCUGGAGGCCCUGCUUUCUGACUUGUUCCACGACACCGAGGAAUGUAGGCAGGCCUUCUCCAUGUAUUCCUUCAUGAUCAGCCUGGGAGGUUGUAUUGGUUACUUCCUGACAGCAAUAGACUGGAGAAGGACCUCCCUCUCCGCCUACCUGGGUGGACACGAGGACUGCCUCUUCACGCUUCUGGCUGCCAUAUUUGUCGUGUGCAUUUUUGCCACUUUCUUUGUCUCCGAAGAGAGCUCCAAAAAUGCGGACGUGCUGGUGGACAUCUCAACAAAGGAAGCCAAGAAGCCUUUGUCGAGGCACUGUGGCUGCACCAUGAGUACUGUGUGGCGUGUAAGGCACUCCCUCCUUGUACUGAAGAACUGUUGCACUUUGAUCCCCAAACUGUACCACUUGUACUGCCGCAUUCCCAAGGUGACCCGCCAGCUGGUGGUGGCUGAGUUCUACAGCUGGAUGGCCCUCAUGACCUUCAUGAUGUUCUACACGGACUUUGUGGGGGAAGGACUCUACCAUGGCAUCCCGAAUGCCCGCCCGGGCAGUGAAGCCAGACUGCGCUAUGAUGAAGGUGUUCGGAUGGGCAGCAUGGGCCUUUUCCUGCAGUGUGCGUUCUCCAUCCUCUGCUCCACAAUCAUGGACAAGCUGGUUACGAGGUUUGGAACCAAAACUGUGUACCUCGCCAGCAUUGCCUUCUUCACCAUUUCUGCCAUCAUCAUGUGCCUUUCGAAGAGUGUGGUCCUGGUCACAGCCAUGUCUGCGUUAACAGGGUUUACGUAUUCAACGCUGCAGAUCCUGCCCUAUACGUUAAACUCACUUUAUCACAAGGAAAAACAGGUAUUUUUUUGCAAGCACAAGUUUACUGAACUCGAAGAUGCUAAUUGCCAAGUGGACAGCAAAAUAUCUCCGCCAAACGGAAUCUUGAAUCAUAAGUCAUACAAUCAAAAUGGCAGCGUGAUCACAGCUGCUCCCCUGCUGAUGGCCAAGGGGCCUCCGCCUGACCAAAGUGCAGGUCCACAGAGCCGGAGCGAGGUGGUGGUUUCUGCCGACGUCGAACAGGCCACUAUGGGAAGAGGGAUUUGUCUUGACCUAGCCAUUCUAGAUAGUGCCUUCCUCCUCUCUCAGGUCAUUCCCUCACUGCUCAUGGGCACAAUCGUCCAGUUUACACAGACAGUAACUGCUUACAUGAUCUCUGCUGCCACCUUUGGGACAGUGGCUCUUUAUUUUGCAACCAAAAUAGUUUUUGAUAAAAAUGAUUUAGAAAAGUAUUUAGUGUGAUGCAAUGAAGGGAUUUUGUCUUUCAGCUCUGGGUGGUCUAACAGUUGGAGGUGAGUGAUAUUGAGUUUGGCCACAAUGUUAUCAGCAUGACAAUUAUCAGGUACAAGCAGAAUGCAAGGUAUAAUUAGAGAAAAACCAAUUUGCACUCUCUUAAAACUCCAUCUGAAUCUAGUCCAUGGUACAGUUUUUUGUAUACUGUUGGUGCACGGACAUUUAAUGUUUAAUUGGAUCCGUUCAUGCUUCUCAUCUUUGUAAAACCAUUUUAUGUAAUGAGUCGGGCUUUAAGCUUCCGAUCAUUUUAUGUUUACUAGGUGAUCCAAAUAUCUGGUGGGGUAAUGUGGCUCUCUGUGUAACCCCUGUAAACAUCUGUGAACAUGAACCAAAACAUAUUCUGGAGAUUUGAUUCAUCUGCAGAAGGAAUGAAGAGCCACCGACGCCGUGAUUGCGAUGGGUCUUUGUGAUGCAAAAGACAAAUGGGUCAAUUAAACCCGACCUCACGUCACAGGCUUCCUGCAGGGUGAAACUUGCCCAAGUGCAAUAAUAAGGCUUCCUUGUAGCUUCCAGGACCUGCAGUGAGACCAGGUAUAAAUGAAUGUGGUACGAGACAUAAUUGUUCAGAGGAUGUAUCUACUGCUGGGUUUUUAUGGCUGGCAAGCCAGAGGCAUUACCUUAGUGGACUGAACUAAUUUCAAUGUGGUUUAAAUUGAUGCUAUUAGUUAAAAAUCUGCGCACUGCUUGUGCUCAGUCUGUUGGCUGAAGGUCUUCUUUACAUCAGCAGUGCUUUGUCUUCACAUUUAACAAACUGUGCAAUAUGGUAGCCCAUUGGGGACAUGGAUUUCAUUCCAUAGCAGCUACUGGUGAGGUUAUAAGUUUGGAUGAACCAACUAAUCUCAAAGUGAGAAGGAGAAUGGCCCCCUUCAUAGGUUUGGUCCAAGCGACAAGACUUGAGGAUGUAGAUUUUCUGAGAUCAGCUCCUUCCUCGCCCAGGUAGGGACCUGGGAAGAGCGAGGAGAAAGAGGGGAUGAAGAAGGAAGGAAGAAAAAGAUCAACAUUUUUGAUUCCAGGCCCAAAUCUGACUUUAUGUUACCUGCUAGUAACAUCAGAUCUCCUUUGCGCUGAAGGGAAAAUUUUCACAAUGAAAAACUGGACGGGAGAUAAUGAGUAUUGAUUGCAGUAGACCUGUUCUGUUUAUAUGUCAAGCAUUCCUAAUGAUCAUGACUUAUCUCUCAUGCAACAUUCAGAAGGGCUGAUGUUUAAACAUCUGCAACCCUGAGAGUGUGCCUUGUUACUCAUUCCCUCAGCUUUUAAAAUGACACCUGCAGGAACUGACAUCACUGAGCUCUGCACAGCUCAGUUGUUGGUACAUUAUGAGGUUGGAAUGUGCCCAGAGUUGUAAACACUUGUGGAAACCCAGUACUGUAUUGGAAAUUUCGGCCAACCAUUUACAUUUUGCUCAUUUCAGUGGUUCAGAUUGGACUUCAAUGAGGACAUUGAAUCUACCCAAUUGUCUUGCAAGUUACCCCCUGAAACAUUUUGUAAUACAGUCUGAGGUUUCUAAGUAAUCAGUCUGAUAUACCUGACCCACAUUUAAAAAAAAAUUAUUGAAAUAAUUUCCCUUCUUUGACUUUGAAACAGUGGAGAUCUUGCUUCUGGUUGAUAGGCCACACACAUCCUUAAUCAGAUACAGUGGAGUAGUGUAGUUCAUCUUGUACCCCCGUAACACAGUUUCUUAUCCCAUCCCUAAUCUUUUUUUUCUUCUCUCUUUCCCUCUCACAGUAACUCCUUGCCUGUUCUCCAUCUUCCUCUGGUGCUCCCCUCCCCCUUUCUUUCUUCAAAGGCCUUCUGUCAUAUGAUACUCCUCCUUCUCCAGCCUUAUAUCCCUUUUGCCAAUCAACUUCCCAGCUCUUAGCUUCAUCCCUCCCCCUCCUGUCUUCUCCUAUCAUUCUCCUGUCUCCCACUUUCAGAUCUCUUACUAUCUCUUUUUUCCGUUAGUCCUGACGGAGGGUCUCGACCCGAAACGUCGACUGUACUGCUUCCUAUAGAUGCUGCCUGGCCUGCUGCAUUCACCAGCAUUUUGUGUGUGUUCCUCAUCUAAAUUUGCCUUUCCAGUAUAGCAGAGACUAGUAUGUUUGAACAAGGAGCCUCCCAGACCAUGGUGUACUCAAUCUGUGUCCAUGGUCCCGAUCGUCCGUUACCAUGACGAAAACAACUACGUUGUCACCUUGCCCCCUUAGUGAUUUUCCCCAACCUACAACAUCAUUCUUCUAAGCACCAAAAUCCUAGUGCGAACAACUACUUAGCUUCAGAGCAACAGGCAAUAAGCUAACUGCUGUGUUAGCGGGUGAAUGGUUUAAGAUAGCUGAUGAAACGAGAUGAAUUUAAUUUCCUCUUUCGUGUUAGUGCAAACAUUCAAUAAUCCAAAUACUUCAGGCAAAAGGCCCACGUCCAAUAAUGGUGAGAAAUGGUAACCGUGGAGUUUUCCUUCGCAUUUCAACGACAGUCCUUGUAACAAAUUUCCAGUGGCAAUAAUUUCUUCUGUAGCCUCUUGGGAAUGUAUUGUCCUGGUCCCAACUGUGGAAAUUGCUGCUGAUGCUCAUUUCUUAUUCUGCCUGCAAAUUGGGUUGUUACAGAUUUGCAGAGCGUCUGUGUGUUGGUGUCCAUAUCACUCACCUCUAGCUGGCUUGUGUCUGUAAGUCAAUUGCUAAAUUAUAGAAUUGUAUAAAUCAUCUGGGGAACAAAGGUAUAUUAUUUUUCGUAGAAUUAAUAAUUUUGCCUUAAAAAUCUAUUUUUGUUAAAAUUUGUUGACCUGGCAACUGUUUUAAAGAUCUAUGAUUACUGUAUUUAUAUUGUAGAGAUAUUUUGUACAGUGACAAUUUAUUUCCCAUAUAUAAAGGAACAGGUGUCCACAGGAAAAUGGAAGUAGCUGUAGUUUUCUCCGUCAUGUUCCAGGUGAUGAUUUAAGAAAUGGUUUUCUCACUGGGAGCAACAUCUUCACUCCAGCCACAAGUGAAUGAAGGCCUUCAAGCAGAAACAAGAGUUCCUGAAGCUUACAACACAGAAGGCUUCCCUCUUCUUAUCGUGUCUCGGGCAGACCCUUCCUAGUCCAGAGUAACAGACACAAAAUGCUGGAGGUACUCGGCAGGUCGGGCAGCAUCCAUGGAGAGGAAUAAACAGUUGACGCUUCGGUUCUGGACCCUUCAUCAGGACUCAGACGUCGACUACUUAUUCCUUUCCACAGAUCUGGUGUCCACGGACCAUGGGUCAGGAACCCCUGCCAUAGCUGGUGCUGGACCUGCUGAGAUCCGCCAGUAUUUUGUGCGUGUUCCCCUGAAUUUCUAACAUGGGCAGAAUCUCUUGUCUUUAUCUUUGCUAGACUGGCUCACUCCACUGUACAGUCGGUGUUCAUAGAUCUGCUUUUGCAUCAAAUUAAUCGAUUUUCUGCGUAAGGGUGCAAUGGCCUUUAUCUCAACUAUUUCCUGUAUCGAGGGGUUCCAGCAUCAGAAUAAUCUUUCCCAAAAUGCACUCAAAUUCCUCUAACCGUACAGCCAGUUUGAUCUCUUGUUUAAACUCCCAAGUUCUUAUCACUGACUUUAGAACAUUUCGCCCCCCAAUGCUGGGGCGAUUUGCACACCUAUCAAACCGGUGCAGCGUACACAAAAUGCUGGAGGAACUCAGCAGGUCAGGCAGCAUCUGUGGAAAUGGUUGAACAGUCAAGACUUCAGGCUGAGACCCUUCAUCGGGACUGGAAAGGUAGGGGUAAGAAGCCAGGGUAAGAAGGUGGUGGGGUGGAGGAGGAGUACAAGCGGGCAGGUAAUAGGUGAGGGGAAAGGUGGGUAAAUGGAGAAGGGGGGGAUGGAAUGAGAAGCUGGGAAGGGACGGGUGGAAAAGGGCUGAAGAAGAAGGAAUCCAAUACAAGAGGAGAGUGGACCAUGGGAGAAAGGGAAGAAGGAGGGACACCAGACUGAGAUGACGUACAGGUGAGGAGAAAUGGUGAAGGUGGGAAUGAAAUAAGAGAGAAGGUGGAGGGGAGAGAAAUUAUUAUAAGUUAGAGAAAUUGAUGUUCAGCCUUCAGAUUGGAGACUGCCCAGGCGGAACAUGAAGUGUUGCUCUCCCAUGCGAGAGUGGCCUCAUUCAGUAGAGGAGACCAUGGACAGCAUGUUGAAAUGGGAAUGGGAAUGGGAAGCAGAAUUAAGCUGGGUGCCAGUGCACAGAUGGCAUUGAGCAACACUCACAACACGCUGGAGGAACUCAGCAGG